UGUAUAAAUGUAUAGACAGACAGAGUAUCAAUCCACACAGCUGAGGGAACAGGCUUAUACAGCUCUGCUGAGACUUUCACCUGUUGCUACACUCUGAAGGGAACACACACACAUUUCAGGAUGGCUGCUCCUCGUCUUGCUCUGUCCAUGUUUGUGCUGAUGCUGGCUGUCAUAACUCUGAGUGAAGGUCUGCGUGGUAUUGGCCCAAAGAAGUGCUGCUUUCGUUUUAUUGAGAACCCGCCUAAAGGCAGAGUGGUCAGCUACAUGAGGACCAGCCAGCGUUGCUCCAACCCUGCCGUCUUGUUGAAGACAGUGGCAGGUCGUCAGCUGUGUGCAAAAUCUUCAGCUACCUGGGUGAAGGAGCUCACCAGCUCCCUGGACGCCAAAUCCAUCCAAGGAGAGGCGUACAACCUGUAACCAUGGCAACAUCAGAGCAAGAGUUUUACAUGAACAAAAUCUGCUUAGUUAAUGUGUGUUGAUGCUGCAACUUUUACAAAUAUAGUAUGAUACCAUGCCCACUAUAAUGUCUGCAGGGGGACAGUCAUAAGCUAAACAGCAGCUCACUGUCUGUCUAUAUGCAAACUAUGCUAAGUAUAUACUAAGUAUUCUACUAUUUUGUAACAUAGUCUUGGAUAAAAUUUUGCAGGGAUGAGAUGCAUUUACAUGGUCCAUGCUAUAUUCAGAGAUUUUUCUGCCAUACAUGACAAUGUAUGUAUUUUAAGUUUCCAGUCUAUUAAUUAUUGACAUUACACCAUAUAUUUUUUUUUACAUGUUCGACAAUUCUGGUUAAGAAACUUGUAUUUUAUUAUAUGGAACAAUAGGUAUAUUUUUGCUUAAUGCAACGCUCAAAAUGAGACCGUCAACACUGUGAACUACUGUUUUGUUGUCAUUUGAACUGCGUUACUACAUUCUCCGUAAAGAAUUGAUCUUUUACAGUGAAUGCCUCCCAGCUCCACAUGCUGUCAUCACUGGAGUAUAAGCUAUGGGCUACACCACUAUUUCUACACUGAACCGUUGUGAGGUCUUUGACUUGUUUGUUCUAGAAAGUAAAGUGAUGUUCUUUGGGGUUACUUUUCUAUUUUCAGUCAUGUUUUAAACUCAAGUUAUUUGUACAAACAAGUAACCCAAUUAGAAAAAAAAUAUAUAUAUAUAUAUUUCUGUAUGCUUAUGCUACAAAUUUGAUUCUCUUGGAUUAA